GAAAAUUAUAGCUAAGUUGAAGAGACAUUUUUGCAGAAAUGAGGUUAUCUUCAUCGUCAUCAUCAUCAAAGCAAGGUGCAGAUAACAGUCGUGGAAUUAGUGGUCACGUGAUGACUCUUCAUCAACGCCUUUACCAUGUUCUCAAUCUCGGCACUAGAUUGCGGAAUUUUUGAAUUAUUCGGACGGAUUUUCCAUGCUUCUAUCAAAUUCAUGGAGAUCCUUAUUAUCUCCAACAUGGAACAAUAGAUUUAAGUCGGUGAUAAGAUAUUGCAACGACAAGGGUCAAAAGUGGCAUUAUUCUGAUAUUGAGAUACAAAGAGUUGUGAUUCGUUCAGUUGAUGCAUUUCUUGAUAGUAUAUCUGGUGAAUCAUUACAACACCAAGUUGUGAAGGAAUCAGUUGGUGACAUUGUUGGAGCUGUAGGAAGUAUUCUAGCAGCAAAAAAUGAAGCCACAGUGAGAUUGGCCUCGGAUGUAGCGGUAAAGAUCAUUCGCAUGAUACCAAGUUCAAAGCUGCAACCUCAUUUUUCCAAUCUCAUUCAUCCUUUAUCAUACUUGUUAUGUUACCGGCAAUUGCGAGUCGCCAUAUCUUGCGCCUCUUCUUUGAAUUUGAUUUUAUCAAAUCUGAGUUCUAAAAGAGAGAAAGAGGUUUGGGAGAUCUUAAAAACCACAAAUGUGGUUGGUGAUCUAGUUGAGAAUGUAAAAAGAUACUCCACCGAAAAUAAGCCAAUUGAGUAUUUCCAAGAGAUGGCUUCUCUGCUUAGUAAAAUUUUGUGGCGUUGGCCUCCUUCUCGAAUCCAUGUUUGGACUGAUAGGAGAUUUUUGAAUAUCUUAGAUACUGUCAACCUCAACCCUGACUGCUCCAUCAGAAUUGCUGUUAUGCAGCUAUUUUCUGCUUUAGCUCUAUGUAGCAAUGGAGCUAAUAGGCUUUUGGAGGACGGAGAAGGUCUUGUAAAAAUUAUGGUGGACAGUUUGGACAUUUCAAACCCGUAUUCCCUCCAGAUAGAGGGAUUAAGACUUGCUCAAUGUUUAAUGACAAGUGAACAAGGAUGUUCAAAAAUUAUUAAAUUGUCUUGUGAGCCCAUUGCGAAAGCCAUUGUUACCUUAAUGAGUAACUGGAGUUCGGAUGCUGGAAAGCUUGCCAAAUGCCAAAUGUCCAUACUAGUCGAGGCUUGCCGUUUAGCUUUGAUCACUCGUUGGGAAGGGGACCACCACUUCUAUUUUUGGAAGGCAGGAGUUGAUGGGGUUCUUCUUAGACUUGUCAUAGGAAAUUCCGACACAACUCAGCAGUCUCUACACAGCUUAUCUCUACAAGAACAAAUCAUCAAGUUAGAAGAGGUUUUUGAUACAGAUGUUCUUCUUCCACUGAGACCAUACGUUUGGGAUAUCCUCGGAUGCCUUGCAGCAAAUUGUACGGAAGAUUUCUUCCCUGAGAUGCAUGGAAAUGAGACGGUGUAUAAUGUUCUUGUUGUUUGUGCAUGCUUGGCCUUUGUGGAAUCUAUCCUCGCCUCUCGCCAAAUUUCUCAAGGGAGUAUUUGUCAUUCAUCGGAGAGUGAACCAGCAUCUAGAGCAGUCUUUAUGAUGAUUUAUUCUCCCUGCAAGUACAUUUCUUCCAAAGCAAUAUUCAUCCUAUCUGAAGUUCUGGCGCUGAAGAAAAAGGAUUACGUUGGAUAUUUACUUGAUAGUUUGAAAGCCGCAUCAUCUGGAAAUAAGUUUGGAAUACCGAGUAAUUUUAGACUAGUCAUAAGCUUGACAAGUCUGGCAUGUUAUUCAGCUCUGCCAAAAUAUCAGAAGCAUGUAAUUCAGCACGGAGGAAUAGACGUUCUGUUGAGCUUCAUUAGUUGGUGGUUGGACAAUCCUGUCCACCUAAAUAGAUCUAGUGUGGCUCCUCAUGUGCAAAACCCUUUCAGUGAAAGGGCUUGUUGCUGGCCUUCUUCAGAAGAUUGGGAAGGUGAAGAUAUGCUUUUACUUUUUGGACUUGUGGCUCUUGGUGAAUUGAUAAAUGCAGAAAGUUGUCAUGGCAUCUUUCAAGAUCAGAUGGAAUUGCGAGCUGCUUUUAUCAGAGAUCUCCUGGAGAUCUGUAUAAAUAGUUCUUACUCUGGACCACGAUGGUACGCUGCUUAUAUUCUUCGCCAUCUUGGAUUAUAUGGUUUUCCAAGUAGGUUUGGGAGAGAAUUUCAUGAACUCCUGGCUGACAAUGAACAUUCUGAUGUGGAGCUUAUAAUUAAAAAUCAGGAACCCGUGCGUGUCCAUGGUGUUAUUCUUCUGGUUAGAUGCCCAAAACUGUUACCUUCCAAAGUAUUGCUUAAAGAGAAAACAUUUUAUUCUUCUAUUAAGCAGGAUUCAGAUUCAUGCAAUAGGUUCACCAAAGUUCGCCUCUCAGCUCAUGUUGAUUGCCAGUCAUUGACAAAGUUAUUAGAGUAUAUUUAUUCGGGAUCCUUUGAAGCAGGAGAAGACCUUCUGAAGAAGUUGAAAAUUUUAGCGAAACACUGCAAUUUGCAACCUCUAGUACAAUUGCUUAGCGGAAGGAAUCCGAAAUGGGGAACUCCAUUCCCAAGUUUUGACUUUACCUCUGCUCUUGGGCCAGCUGGACGUAAUUUUUCGGAUAUUAUUUUGGAGGCUGAAACUUCCAGACCAAGUAAUCAGGACUGCGAUUCUUGCACCACAUCUGUUUUACACCUGCAUGUUCACAAAGCUAUACUGUCGCCAAGUUGUGAAUACUUACGGGCCCUCUUUCAGUCAGGAAUGCAAGAAAGCCAUUCGCUGACCAUCAAGGUCCCAGUUUGUUGGGAUUCGUUGGUUAAGUUAGUCAGCUGGUUCUAUUCUGGUGAGUUGCCUAGACCAAUAUCUGGCUGUCUAUGGGAUAAUCUGAGUAAGGAGGAAAAGCUACACGAACUCGAGCCCUAUGUAGAACUAUGUUCGCUUGCGCAUUUCUGGCUCUUAGAAGACUUGCAUGACGAAUGUUUUAGACUGAUUGUAUCGAUUUUGGAUACCUGUCGUUACUUAUCUAUAAAAAUUAUCCAGAUGGCUGCUAACCUCAAUCAGUGGAAGCUCGUUGAUGUUGCAGCAGAGUAUCUAGCCCCUUCACAAACUAGGUGUAGUUUUGAAGAAUCCGACACAGGUACGGCAUCGAAAGUGAAGAGUUCGCGCAACUUAGUUUAUACCAUAGUCCACAUUGAGGAACUCAGACAAUGUAUAUAAUCGAAAUAUCAUUCUGUUAUAAUGCUGUUUUGAGCUGCUUUAGCUCUUAUGCGUGCAGGGUACAAACACU